UGAAGCCGGGCUCCCCUCGCCGGGGGCCGGUGGCGGUCCCCGGCUUCCGGCUGCGCGGCCCGCGGGCCGGCCCCCUCCCCGCCCCGGGGCCCCUCCCCGCCUGGUUGUGUAACCGUCCCCAGCCCCCCUCCCCUCGGCCCCCCGCCCCGGUAGGGGGGGGGGUCACCCACCCGGCGCUCCCCGGGGAGGGCGGCGGCCCCAGCGGCCGCGCGGCGCAAGCGAGCCCGGGGAUGCGCGGCCUAGUGCAGGCCGGGCCCGGGCGUGGGGGAGGCGGGCGGGCGGACCCAGAUCCGGGGUAAUUUGCAUCGCCCUCCCCCCAGCCCGGGUGGGGAUUGGCCGCCGGCGGCGGGGGGUGGCGCGGGGCCAGGCUCACUGCCGCCUCCCGGCCCCUCGGAGGGAGCCAGCCCAGCCGCAGCCGCCGCCACCGCCGCCGCCGGGGCCGGGCCCCCUCGCCGCUGCCCCGGGAAGGAGGUCUCGGCGCGGAAGAUGGCCGGCGGUGUGGACGGCCCCAUCGGGAUCCCGUUCCCUGACCACAGCAGCGACAUCCUGAGCGGACUCAACGAGCAGCGGACGCAGGGCCUGCUGUGCGACGUGGUGAUCCUGGUGGAGGGCCGGGAGUUCCCCACGCACCGCUCGGUGCUGGCGGCCUGCAGCCAGUACUUCAAGAAGCUGUUCACGUCGGGCGCCGUGGUGGACCAGCAGAACGUGUACGAGAUCGACUUCGUCAGCGCCGAGGCCCUCACGGCCCUCAUGGACUUCGCCUACACGGCCACGCUCACCGUCAGCACGGCCAACGUGGGCGACAUCCUCAGCGCCGCCCGCCUGCUGGAGAUCCCCGCCGUGAGCCACGUCUGCGCCGACCUCCUCGACCGGCAGAUCCUGGCGGCCGACGCGGGCGCCGACGCCGGGCAGCUGGACCUCGUGGAUCAGACCGACCAGCGGAACCUCCUCCGGGCCAAGGAGUACCUCGAGUUCUUCCAGAGCAACCCCAUGAACAGCCUGCCCCCCACCUCCGCCUUCCCCUGGUCUGCUUUCGGCACGUCCGACGAGGACUUGGACGCCACCAAGGAGGCCGUGGCCGCGGCCGUGGCCGCCGUGGCCGCCGGCGACUGCAACGGCUUGGACUUCUACGGGCCGGGGCCGCCGGCCGAGCGGCCCUCGGCCGGGGACGCAGACGAGGGCGACAGCAACCCGGGCCUGUGGCCGGAGCGGGACGAGGACGCCCCUGCCGGGGGCCUCUUCCCGCCGCCCGUGGCCCCGCCGGCCACCGCCACGCAGAACGGCCACUACGGCCGGGGUGGGGAGGAGGAAGCGGCCUCGCUGUCGGAGGCGGCCCCCGAGCCGGGCGACUCUCCGGGCUUCCUGUCGGGCGCGGCCGAGGAUGGGGACGGGGACGGGCCCGACGCGGAUGGGCUGGCGGCCAGCACGCUGCUGCAGCAGAUGAUGUCAUCGGUGGGCCGGGCGGGGGCGGCGGCGGCGGCGGCGGCGGGGGACAGCGACGACGAGUCGCGGGCGGACGACAAGGGCGUCGUGGACUACUACCUGAAGUACUUCAGCGGCGCCCACGACGGGGAUGUUUACCCGGCCUGGUCGCAGAAGGUGGAAAAGAAGAUCCGGGCCAAGGCCUUCCAGAAGUGCCCCAUCUGCGAGAAGGUCAUCCAGGGCGCCGGCAAGCUGCCGCGGCACAUCCGGACCCACACCGGAGAGAAGCCCUAUGAGUGCAACAUCUGCAAAGUCCGAUUCACCAGGCAGGACAAGCUCAAGGUGCACAUGAGGAAGCACACGGGCGAGAAGCCGUACCUGUGCCAGCAGUGCGGGGCGGCCUUCGCGCACAACUACGACCUGAAGAACCACAUGCGCGUGCACACCGGCCUGCGCCCCUACCAGUGUGACAGUUGCUGCAAGACCUUCGUGCGCUCCGACCACCUGCACAGACACCUCAAGAAGGACGGCUGCAACGGCGUCCCCUCGCGCCGCGGCCGCAAGCCCCGCGUGCGGGGCGGGGCGCUCGGGGGGCCCGACCCCUCCGCGGGGGCCGCCGCCCCGCCCGGCGCCGCGGCCCCGCCCAGCUCCCCCGACGGCCGGCGCAACGGCCAGGAGAAGCACUUUAAGGACGAGGACGAGGACGAGGACGAGGCCGGCGCCGACGGCCCGAGCAGGUUGAAUGUAGCGGGUGCCGGCGGAGGGGGAGGCGACGGGGGCGCCGGGGCCACCGCCGACGGCAGCUUCGCGGCCGGACUUGCCUGAAAACCAAAAAGAGAAAACAGAAACCCGAGAGAGAGAGAGAGAGAGACAGAGAGAGAGAGAGAGAGAGAAAAUCACCCACCACCCCCCCAAAAACACAAAAAAAGAAAAUCUAUCUAUAUACAGAUAUCUAUAUCUAUAUAUAUAUAUACAGAUAUAUAUAUAUGAGGCGCCACAGAAUCUAGGGUAGUGCUUUUCUGAGAUUUUUCUCCUUCAUGAUGUUCUCUCCCUCCGCGGGGACCCUCGGCCCCGCUCCGGCUCCCCGUACCCCCACCCCGCCGACGGGUUUCGGGGCUCGGUUUGGGGUUUUUGGGGGACAUCUAGAUUCUGAGCCCCCCCCCCCCCCGCCCCCGCGGGGCACACCCAGCAUGGGGUCUGGGGUCCCAUCUGAGGCCUGGUCAGGGCCCCAGGCGCCAGGUGGGGGUGAGGGUGGCCGCGGGGGCUGGGGCACUGGGGUGGGCUUUUGUUUUCGUCCCCUCGCUGGUUUCUAUGAGUCUUUCAGACAAGACCUUAAACGAUCUCUGUCCGCUGUGAGUGGACGUUAAAAUGCACCCUGUCCCCACCCCCACCCUCCUUCCUCAGGGCACUUACUAAGUGGGGGUCUCCCCCCCCCCCCCACCUCCCCGCCUCCCCGACGGUCUCCCUGCCUCCCGCUCCUGCCUGUGGUCCUGUACGUGUCCUGGCCGCUGUGACACAAAUCUAUUUAUUUCCAGGCCCGGAGAGGGGAGCCGGGGGAGGGGGCGCCAGGGUGGCUCCCUGGGGGGGGGGGGGGGGGAGGCUGCUGCCGCCUCCCGUCACGGCACUUACACCCUGGCGGACCCCCCCCUCGGACCGCCGCUCAGGGCGCCCCGCCACCCCCCCCCCCAGGCCGUGCUCCCCCACCCAGGCCACCCAGACCCCACGAGACGUUUGGAGAUUCAAAACAUUUUUGUCUUUACCCUCCCCUUAGCCCUCUCCCAAGUUUUUAAAGCACUUUUUAGAUUUUUUUUUUCUUUCCCUCCUUAAAAACAAAAUUUAUAUAUAGAUAUAUAUAGAUAUAUAUAUAUAAAAUAUACUUUCCUCAGAGGAGCAAAGCAACAGUGUGGGGUGGACGAGGCCAGAGCGGAGGGAGCCCAGGGUCUCGAGGUGGCAGGGAGGAGGGGAGAAGAGGCCAGACGUUCUCGUGUCACAAAAGCAAUAAAGACAACAUUUUACAAAAUGAAAGGAAAAAAAAAAAACAAAAAAAACCACAAAAAAACACACACAAAAAAAGACAACCAACCACAAAUAGAAGUCUUGGCACUUUGUAACGGAACGGGUACUACACUUUAUCUUAAUUCUUAAUUUAAAACAAUGUUUACAAGUUGCAACCAACUUCUAUGAAAAGUCGAAAAGACAAAAAAAAAUAAAAAUAAAAAAUAAAAGAGAGCGAGCGAGAGAGAGCGAGCGAGAGAGAGAGCAAAAAGAAAUUCCUAAAAGUCAAUUUAUUUUUGUACAAAAUAAUAAAAAAAAAAACCCACCGCAGACGCAGAAUCCACUUCUGUUCCCCGAGGUGACAGGGGUCAGGAAGGCACGGGGGCGAGGUCUUCUGAGGUAUUCGUGCUUUGACCCGGGGGCCUUGCCUUGCAGGCAGGACCGUGGGGUUUUUUUGUGUUUCUGCCGUGUCCCCACCCCCCUCCCAUUCUGUCCCGUUUUGGUUCUGAUUCGGAGGUGUCUCAUCACCUGCCAGCCAUACGAUGGCCACCCGUGUCUGCGGGGACCCUCCUUACUGACUCCCCAGCUCAGGGAUGGGCCCGAGAGAGGGCUGGCCUUCCAACCAGCUACAGCAAUCCAGUCCCCCCCCCCCCCGCCCCCUGCCCUCGCCCCUCGCCCACUUUGGGGCUCCCCGCCCUCCAGCAUGGCCGCCCUUCCUUGUGGCCACCAAGGAGCCGCCAUCUGGGACAGGUGAACCCCGUCGAGGCGGGUGGCGGGGCCCCACCUCCAGGGCCUUAUAUUCCCCCAGGCACCCCUCUUUUUAUUCAAAGGCACUGACUGUAAUCUGGGGGCUGGCACCCGCCUCCCCCCAGCCUCUGGCUCCCCAAAGGCCCGGUACUGACCGAGCCACAGGCCACGGACGGGGGCCAGGGCUGGGGAGACCGUGUUGCCAGAGGCCAGGGCACCCUCACCCCAACGCCCUCUCGCAUAUGCAAUGCCUAGCGUGGGACCCUGUAAAUAGACGCUCUGUCAAGCCGAGACCCUCCCGCAUCAAAGCCCAAGGUGAGGGGUGCCCCUGCUCCCCCCCCUCCAGCUGCUGGCCCGUCUCCCUGUGCCCCUUUGCUCUGUGACAGACCCCGUCUUGUCUUUUUUUUUUUUUUUUUUUUUUUUUUUUUUAAAGGGAAGCUUUUUAAGAAGGCAACUUUCAUCAUUGUUUCUACAGGAUACUAUUCAUCACCCCUCCCCCCGAGCCCGUCAGCCCCCCAAAUGUCUCAGGACCCCCCCUCCUGAGGGGGGGUGGCAGGGGAGCCCAGGGCCGGGUGGCCUCCCUCACACCCCGGUGUCAUAGAGUAAGCCCUUUUGGAGAACCAUCUGUGGAGGCCAAGCAGAGAGCUCGAGCGCCCAGGCCAGGGACCCCCCCCCCCCACCCCAGCUGAGAGGUUCCCUGAGGGGACAGACCUCUCCCCCCCGCUCAUACACCCCCUCGCAAUAAAACCAACUGAAAAAUCACAGCUGUCGUCCUGGCCAGUGGGGGCGGCUGGACUCGGGGUGGGGGGAUCAAGGCCUCUGGCACUAUGGCGGGGGCAAGGGCUGAAUCCCCGCCGAGCACACUUUUAACAGACUUCCUCGGGAAUUGCACUAAACCCCUGCCCCGCUUCUGAUCGCCCUGCCCACCCACUCCGCCUUAACCCCUGGCCCGCCCGCCCGUCCUAGGGGCCGCAGCGUCCGCAUGGGCCCAGCGCCAGGACCCCGGCCCCUGACCCCGCGCAAUCACAUACUGUACAUAGACGUGGAUCGAUUUUAUUUUUAUUCUUUAAAUUAAGGUCGUGAUCAAGUGUUGCCAAAGAUACUGCUGAGUUCUCGCGUUUCAGGAAACAAACAAACAAAAAAAAAAAUAUUUGAGGGGGAGCGUGCUGACUGGUCAGAAAGGACACAGCAAAACGUUUUUUUGUUUGGUUGUUUGGGGUUUUUUUUUUUUUUUGUGUUUUCUUUUUUUGGGGUGUUUUUUUUUUUUUUUUUUAACUGCCUGGUACAAAAAAAAAAAAAAAAGAAAAGAAAAGAAAAACAAAGCGAAAUUGUUAUUUCCAUCAUCUUGGUGAAGUUUGGGUGGAUGUGUGCGCGCGUGUGUGCGAGAGUGAGGUCCGGGCCAGGGGCUCCGGGCAGGGUUGGGGGGGGAGCUCCGGGGGGGGGGGGGAGGUGUGUGCCGGAGGGCCUCCCCCCACACUCCCCGGAGCGCUCAGCUGGCCUGUGGGACCUAGGAGAGAGAGGCUAACACCCUUGCCACUUCUCCCAGCCUAGCACCCCCCCCACCCUGACCCCACCUUUUGAGAUUAAGAAAAAAAAAAAAAAAAAAGCAAAAAAACACUACAAAACAGAAAAAAAAAACAAAACUUAAAACCCAGUGAAUGUAAAGUUCCGGACCAGGCCCAGCCUGGCACGGGUGUGGGCCUGCGCCUCUCCGGGUUCCAGCAGGCCAUACCAAAGUCGGCCCCCCCCUUGGGUGGCUUGCCCAGGAGACCCCCAUGUGGCCAUCUCGUUGCCAUUUGUACCUGGCUGUCCCUUUGCUUCCUUCCGGGGUUGGGGGGGGCGGUGGCGGGAGCCGGGGGCGGGGGGGGGGGCAGCAUUGGACACGUUGCGCGUGGUGCGGUCGAGGCUGGGCCGGGCGGGGGGAGGGGCCCCCCAGGACCGAGGCAGUCCAGGCAGCCGGGAUUGUAGGAGGCCAGACAGAGUGAAAGGAAAAGCAGGACAAAAAAUUUAAAACAGAAAAAAAAAAAAAAAAAAAAAAAAAAAAAAAGCAAAAAUCCUAUUUUUUGAGAAAGAAAGAUAUUUAUAUUUGCAGUUUUAUUUUAAAAAGUUAUUUAAGCUGAGGAAGCAGCCUUCCUGGAGGGCGGCUGGCGCAGGACGGGUCAGGGCCUGGGGGCUCGGGCGCCCCGGGAGCCAUAACCUCAGAGUUCAGACUAGCUCGCACUAAGGACAUAGAUUUACACAGGGGGUGGGCAGGCAGGGCCAGGAGGUGGAGGGGCUGGGGAGACCCCCGUCCCGAUGCCGGGGCUGCCUGGAGGCCAUGGCCAGGGUUCCUGAGGCCCAGGGUCCCCCCCGCCCCUCCCAGGCCCAGACACAAGGUGCCUUGGACUUUGGGGGGCCGGGCCUGGUGAACGGGGGCGGGAGGGGGGGGGCAGGGGCGGUGCCCGGGGGCACAGAGCACAGAGCAGACAUUCCAUAGACUGUAUUUGAGAGUCUUUAUAAAGUGUGGGAGAUUUAAAAAAAAUCAAUUGAUAAAAAUGCACUUUUGGGGGUGGGGGGGGGAGAAGCUUUAAAAGUAAUAAAAACAAAAACAAAAAGACAAAAGAUGAAAAACCAGACAAAAAAAAAUCAUUUUUCUUGUACAUAAAAAACCACUAAACGCAGCCUGUUACGACCGCUGCUGCCUCAUUUGCCUGA